AUGUUUGUUGGUGGCAGAGCAAUAGAGGACAGUCGGCGUAAUAUUGCAAAGCACAAAGCGGACUUGCUGAAAAGCCGUAGCUACGAACUUGGGGAGGCUGCACCGGAAGCGGACGACUUUGCGAUCGAAUGCGACGCGUUUCGUCAGCCAAAUAAACGCCUUCGAGGCUCUACAGCUGCAGAAGAAGUCGAACACUUCCAGGAACGCCUACAGGAAACAUUAGAAGAGUUGGCCCGACUCAACGAUACAGUACAGGACUUGCUGGAUGACUCUGAAUACGAAGCCGACACGGUAGCUUGUGAGGAAUAUACUGAUAAAUGCAAACGCGCCCUCCGAAAGGCGAAGGGCCUUCUAGGAGCAGCGCGCUCAGGGGACAGAUAUGCGAAGUCAGCGGCUCAACAACACGCAUCAUCUGCCUUCCAUGUAAAGGUUAAAACGAAGAGGGACAAGAAGAAACAACAGAAUACAGAGCCUUUCUGUGUGUAUUGCGGCGAAAGAGGGCACUGGGGCCCAGACUGCCAAAAGAUUGCAAGCUUGCAGGCAAGAAUAGACGCCCUCGAGACAAUGAACCGUUGCUUCCUAUGCCUGAGACGUGGCCACAACAAAAACCAGUGUUUCAAACGGGGAAAGGCGUCCUGUCCGAAAUGUAAGGGGGAGCAUCACAUUUCCAUCUGUAGUAGCCAUACCACAACAGCAAAUAAAAUUGAAACAAUGACUUCUAACUUCACAUACCUGCAGACUGCUCGUGUAAGUAUCACAGGACCAACUGGAAAGAGCAAACAGACACGUGCCAUCCUGGUCACAGGGAGUUAA